UGCAAAGCCAUUCCCGUUCCCGGUUCUACAGACACAGACACAGAGCAGCGCUGCACAACUAUCUCCAAUCCCGUCCAGAAACCCGCGCUGAGAAAAACCUCACGGCAACUAGGGUUCCCGGCGAGGGCGCGCGCGUCCAUGGCGCGGAGCAGGCGCGGCGGCUUCGGCGGCGGCGGCGGCAACGUGAAGGUGACGCCGAACCUGGCGUGGGACCGGGAGGGGACGCGGAUGCUCAACCUCAGCGUGCUGCGGCGACUCGACCCCGGCGUCGCCGACAUCCUCAUCACCGCCGCGCACGUCGUCGCGUACAGCUUCGACGAGGGCCAGGGGGAGUGGACCCGGAAGCCUGUGGAGGGGUCGCUCUUCGUCGUCAAGAGGAACACCCAGCCCAGAUUCCAAUUUAUCAUCAUGAAUCGUAUAAACACAGAAAAUCUAGUCGAAGAUCUCUUGACGAGUUUUGAGGUUGAGGUGCAAAGCCCCUACUUGAUGUACCGUAAUGCUGCUGAUGAAAUCAUUGGAAUUUGGUUCUAUGAUCCACAGGAAUGUCAAGAAGUUGCACAUCUUUUUAGCAGGAUAGCAUAUGCAUAUUCAAGGGCGUCACCCAAGACAAAUCUUUCUUCCAAAAGUGUAUUUGAAGAACCAGAAGCAGCAUCUGGGCCAUAUGCUCUACCUGUAGUUGAAGAUACUCUACAACAGCCACCUACCACGGAUGAUGACGAUGUUGAAGAGUUCUUCCUAACCCCUUCGAAGGCGGCCACAUGUGUACAUACAAUUGGUGGAACAGGCGCAGUACAACCAAACCAAUCUUUCAGGGCUAUCCCUUCUCCAGGUCAUGGAUCACAUAAUUCUACUGCAGCACACUCUUCUUCCCUGCACAGUCUGCUUCCUUCACGAACUUCAUCAGUUACUCUGAGGGCCUUUGAUGUUCAUAGACCCAAUAGCUCUACCACCAUUCAGCCUACAAGUCUUUUAGAUUCAAAACCACCACUACUUGCACCGAUGGCUACUACGCAGUCAACAGUAGCUAAAGCUGCUUCGUCACUGCCUACUGUUCCUCCACUUCAUCCUCCCUUUGCUGAUCAGCAACCAAAAAGUGCUCCCUUGCUCCACCCCUUUUCACUACCCCCUGUGCCCCCUGUUCCACCAUAUGGCAUGCCCUUGCUUCAACCAUUCCCACCUCCUAAUCCGCUGCCAUUGCUUACCCCAGCAUCUUAUAGCCAGGUGGUAACAAGAGAGCAAGUAGGCGCUGCACUGCUGAGGCUUGCACAGAAUGAUAAUUUCAUCGACAUGGUUUACCGGGAGAUGGCUAAGAGACCGUAACCAUGAAGAGAACAUGGUGGUGUGUCUGCGGCAGCUGCUUAGGUGUCUCAUCUUUUGCCUUUUGCCCAGCCUUUUUGGACACAUCUGUGGAAUGUGGUGGCUGCGGUUUAACAGCACUGUUUGAGUUGUAGUCUGAUAUAUCAAAUGCAGAGGCCAAUGGGUUUUAAACAACUUUUGUAGUUUGAGCCGUUGUGUGGGAAUGGGAAUGUUCCCGGGUAUACAACUUGCUGCUUGCGCAGCUGGCAGCUGCACCCAACAUCUGAGGUGAGGCGGUGAGCUCGUGUAUAAUUUUAUCCGAGUUUACAUUCUACUUUGUGAAAUCAAAAUCUGUCUGUUUAGUUCAGUAUUUUUA